AUGACGACACAAACUCGUACCACUGAACGUCGUGGUUCAAUAUCACAGGCUAGUUCAGAAAUAUCACUGAAUCGUCCACGUCGUCAAUCAAAAGUGGUUGAUACUCGUCCCAAACAUCUAACACUUGGAGACUUUGAAUUGACGAAUGUUGUCGAUUGUGAAGAAUAUGUUUUAUGUUGUAAAUAUAGUCCAAAUGGAGAAGUAUUUGCGGUUGGAUUGGGCAACGGAAUGAUUAAAGUUUAUUCGAAAAAGGGCGAAUUUCAAUAUGUUUUAACAGAUGCCGACACGAAAACAAGACGAUACCCUGUAACAUGGCUACGUUUUUAUGCGAAUAAAGAUGAUUCAAAAUCUGAUCAAAAUAAAAUGUUAGCUGCUACAUAUACAGCUGGAUAUGUAAAAAUUUGGCAUUGGCCAACUCAACAAUGUGUUUAUACAUUUCAAGAACAAGAACGACAACCAUUGGCAUUAGACUUUAAUUGUAAUUUUCAACAUUUAUUUGUGGCUGGUAGCGAUUGUGCCAUUAAUUGUUAUGAUUUUCAAACAAAAAAGUUGAUUCGAAAGUUAUCAGCUUCAGAGAGUCGAGAAAGAAUGGAUGGACAUAAAAAUCGAAUACAUGCGAUACGUUCACAUCCAGUAAUGGAUACCGUUUUCUUAACAGGAGGAUGGGAUGAGACUAUUCACUAUUGGGAUGAGCGAGCAGCACAAUCACAAAAGCAUUUUGCUGGUCCACAUCUUUGCGGAGAUGCUUUAGAUAUUAUAGCUGACCAUCAAGUCAUUUUAACUGGCUCAUGGCGAAAAUCAUCAACAUUACAGAUUUGGGACUUUACCAGUGGUGAAUUGAUUAAAGAUGCAUUUGAAAAAAACGCAACAUCUAUGUUGUAUUGUACAAAAUUUUGUCCUAAAGAAUACAUUUUGUGCGCUGGAAAUGAAAAAAAUGAGGCCAUUGUGUACGAUUAUUCAAUAUUACAAAUGAUUGGUGGAAUCACGGAUUUGGAGCAUGCUGUUUAUUGUGCAGAUAAUGAUCCGAGUUCAACCAAACCCAAUAUGAUUGUUGGAUCAGGAAAAAAUAUUUUUAUUGUUAAUGAUCGUUCUCGUAUAAGAUAA